UUCUUUUUAUUAGACUUAUCUUCUUAUCAUGUAAAAUACAGAUUGUAUGUUAAUUCAAAAAAAAAAGAUGAUUACAUCCUAUGUGUGUUCCUAGAUCAAUCUAGUCAUGCAUUAAAUAAUUAUCCAAACUCUGGGAGAUGAGUGCAAUGGGCAGAAAAAUAUAGAGGUGCAGAUCUUAGAGAGGAUGUGGAGAUGGUUUGGUCACACCCUUAGAAAAAAUACCAACAACAGAGCUAGACAGGUCUUAGAGUGGAACCCCCAGGGAACAAGACAUAGAGGAAGACCAAAAAGAACAUGGCAGAGCAGUAUACUAGAGGAAGCCGAGAGGACAGGAAAGAGCUGGGAAGUCAUUAAAAACUAGCAAGAGACCGUGGAGAGUGGCAUGAAGAACUCAAAAGAAAGUUGAUGAUGAUGUUGAAUUCUAAUUGGUGGCUAUGCUCCUCUCUCUUCUUUGGUCAUGGGCAAGGGGACUCUGGCAGAAGGAUUUCUUGAAGACUUUGGAUCUUUGAGAGGGAAAAAAAAACUAACUUUCUAUCCUGAAAAAUGCCACAUGAUACAUUUAUAUGUGGCUCAUGCCAGGAGACAUUUACAGAUCUCAACGAUUUUGUCAAUCAUAAAAAGAGUUGCCCCCCUGGUCCAGAACAGUCAGAUAUCAACCAGACAGUUAUGGCUCAGUCAAGGGCAGAGAUAAUUCAGCUACACAUGAAUGAGUCAGGGGUGAUAACGGGAAUGACUUCUGAUACAAUUGGAGAAAGGGGUGAUAAAUUAAACAAUGUCCCUCAGCUGGUAUUUCUGACUGAUGCAAGUAUGACCUCUGACCUCGGCAGAACAGGUUUAGAUGAGAGUGGGAUGGAAGACAACUCUGCAUCCAGCGCAGCACAUCUUAUUAUACUAAAUAGCUCUCUUGCAGAUCUCACUGUGAAAACAGAGACCAGCAAUGGUGAGGUUCAAGAAACAGAUCCUUUAAGGCCAGAUGAUCAAAGCAAUAAAACAGAGAUACUUUUACCAAUAAAAAAAAAACGAGCUGGUCGUUCUAAAGCUGGAGAGGGGAAAAUAAAACUCAUCGAGGCUGUGCCACCAACUACUCCCAGGCCAACAGUUGCCGAGACAACUCCUGAUGGCAAGCUGUUGUGCCCUCAGUGUAAGAGAACAUUUACAAAAGAACGUCAUUUUAAUACUCACAAAUGUCUCGCCUCAUCAUCCUAUGUUGAUAUUUCAAAGAAGGAAAUAGUGAAAAUUGAUUCAGAUGAGGAAGAUGAAGGCGCUGACCUUGAACUUGACGCUGGGGCUCAAGAUGAUGCAGAAGACGAAUUUCAUAGUGCUCUGGAUGACAUGCAAGUCGCAGAAAAAGAGGAUGAAGAAGAUGAGAAAGAAAUGGAAAAAGGAGAACAAAAAGAUAACGACGAUUGGACUUGGAAUAAUAGAAAGGGGAAAAAAAGGAAACGGUCCAGCUAUCAGUUUGAUAUUGACUUGCACAUGGAUAGUUCAGGUGCUAAACAAAUGAAAGUUGCAGCUGAAGCAAUGGAACAUUUGCCAAUCUUCAAGACAGAUGAGGAAAAAGUGGAGUUUGAAACAUGCAUUGAUGUUGAUUUGUCACAGGUGGACAAUAUGUUUCGUAUACACAUCAUAGAGCAAGAGCUGAACGAAACGAUUGGGAUGACCUACAACACACCAACCAUGUCUUCCCUCUCAGUGUACAUCUGCAACAUGUGUGAGAAAGUGUUCAAAUCCCUGUCUCACAUCAGACUUCACUGUGUCACGCACACUGACCUGAAACCUUUUCAUUGUAACAAGUGUAAAUUUACAACUAAUUCUAAAGGUAACCUGUACACACACAUGAGAAAACACACUGGCCAGUUCUACAGAUGUGAGCAGUGCGAGUUUAAAACGGUUAAUAAGAGCCACUUAGUGGAACACAUGAUGACCCACGACAACCGGAGGUCUCAGUGUAUGAUAUGUCAGAAGGAUUACUCCACUCUCAAAUCUCUCAUUAACCAUGUACGCAAAUACCACACUGAUAAAAAGGGGAAAGAAUAUCUUCAGACGUUUUUGCAGGGUCGAGGUAUGAAAGGUAGAACUGUAAUACAUCAGUGCCACAUAUGUAAUCGUAAGUUCAAGAAGAAGUUGGACAGAGACAGACACUUAUUAGUCCACGAUAUCAAAGAACUGCCUCAUGUCCAGCAGUGUGAGCUAUGUGAUUACUGGGCUAGUCGCAGAGUCUAUCUUGACAAGCAUUAUUUGAAACAUCGGGUGAUCUAUUGCUGUGCUCUGUGUAAUCAGAAGUUUUUAAGUACCACAAGACUAACAGAACACUUGACUUCAACCCAUAGCAAUGAUAUUGGAGAUGUUGUAUUUGACAAAUUACUAGAGGAAUGCAUAAGUAGAUCCUUGUAUCUCCCUGAACCACUGAAUACUGCCAGUGAAGGAAGCAAGUAUGUCAACUUGCCAGAGGAGUUACGGGAAAUUGAUCAAACAGUUCAGAAUACAGAGAGUCAACAAGAACAGAACAAAAUGAUUACAUAUGAAAUCAAUUUAACCAAUGGUGCUGACACUGGCCAGCCAAGUACAGCCACAGUUACUAAUACUGGUCAAUUAACUGAGGAACAAUCCAAUGAUUUUGUUUCUGAAUACAGGAAGUUUAUUCAUGAGUCAGGAACAGAGAGCGACUGGAAGACUCAAUCAGUGAAAGACUCCGAGGCCAAAGUGGAUGAUGUCAUGAAUUCACUCCCUUGUGGGGAUGAGGGUGAAGAGCCUGCUAGUUUCUCUGCCCAGAGAGACAUGGAUUCGAACUCUCCAUCUUUGAUGCUUCAGACUCCUGAUUCGGAAGAUGAUGAAGACAUAAAUUCUAAAGUCAGUAGUGCAGAAGCUAGUAACGCUGAUGAGGGUGUUGUCAGAUCUGAUGCCAGCAAAGAAGAGAAAAUUGAAGCACUUAUUAAAAGGCUGGGCUACAGAAGCAUGACAAUGCAAAUCUUCAACAAAAUGAGAGAAACAUUUGGCACAGAGGAGUGCGAGUUUUGUGGUCGUUUGUUUUAUAGCAAGGUGGAUUAUGAACCUCAUCUACGAACUCAUACUGGACACAAACCAUUUGCUUGCGCCCUCUGCAGUUUUCAUGCAACAACUAAAGAUCAGUUAAAGAAACAUUCUGAGAAGGAACAUGAGAAAGUAGCCUUUCAGUGUAAGGAGUGUGACUUUUUGGCGCUGUCAAGGAAUCGUCUAUGGAACCAUCAACUCAAACACUUGGGCAUCAAUGGUCUGUCUUGUCCCCAGUGUCCAGAGAAGUUUGAAGGGAUGAAGCAACUAAGAGCUCACAUAAUCAACACGCACAAAGAGAUGGACCGUGAAACUGUGGAGAAGCUCACUGGAUAUAGACACAAACCAUUUGGCAAGAUGGGCAGACGCUCAUUUAAGUGUCCACACUGCCCACGUGUGUUUAUCAGAGCCAACUCAGAACUGCAGAAGCACAUUUGGAUACACGAGGGCAUCAAGCCAUUCUCAUGUCCCAUGUGCCCUUAUGCUUGCCGCUCUAAAAAUAAUCUUCAGGCCCACAUGUUGCGUCAUUCUGCUGAAAAGCCAUUCUCCUGUUCAGAGUGUGGAAAAGACUAUAAAUCGAGGACUGCACUUCGAUGGCAUGUCAGGGCUCAUACAUCUGGCAAACUGUUUAUCUGUGAUAAGUGUCCUUAUAAAGCAACACAAAGCAGCCAUCUAAAGCGUCACAUGGAGACUCAUGAUAUUUUAAAAAGAUUUCUAUGCAGACACUGUGAUUUUUCUGCCAAUACACUUGGCUAUAUGAAAAUUCAUUAUGCUAAAAUUCAUAAGGGGAAAGAAUUUGUUCAUGAGGAGGUUGUCAAUCCAAGUUCUAUGUCUCCAGAAAAAAGAGUUUACAAAUGUCUAAGUUGUGGUUAUCUCUUUGGUAACUUGUCAGACUUGAAACGUCAUCUCAAAAUAAGACAUCAUGUCCAAAUGCAAGAUAUUGCUGGCAUGGAACAAAUGCAGAUUUCUGAAGUAGAGGUUGUACAGUAUGAAGAUGGUUCAACAACAGAUAUACAACCACCCAACAGUCUAGCUAAACAAUCCCCAAGUGAGGAACAAACACAAGGUGAGCUACAACUCCAGAUUCCUAAUGAGGAUGGCAGCUUGUCAGUGUCAGCUUCUUAUAUUUUACAGCAGCUCAUUGGAAUGUCACAGAAUGGAGAAACCAAGCUGAGAGUUGUCAAUGAGAAUGGACAGCCGUUAGAUAUAAGUGUUCAGCAAGAUGGCCAGUUCUUGUUCACCAGCGGGUCUAAUGAAUCGCAGCCUGGCAACCAGUUUGUUAUUUACUACAAUAACGAAGAGAUGUCUCCCAGUGUGUGUGAUAGUUCAACCAGCGCAAACAUUCCUUUGAUGCCUUCAAGAAGUCAAGUAGAAACUCAGAUGGCCUUAGUUAAAGGUGCAAAGCAGGACAGUCAGUUUAUUAGUUCAGUAGGAGCUGAUGUCCAGAUGAUGAUCCCAGAUGGGGAAUUGCUUCAUGUUGACGUGGAGACCCAGGUAAUUUCUCAAGAAAGUGACUCUGACCAACUCAUCCCCAGCAGCAGUGAAAGCCAGCUUACAGAAGCAGAGAACGGUCAGUAUGUCCAUGCUGAGCAAGUCAGCUACAACAGCGACUUCAUUUCUGACCACAAAGAUAGUGGCCGUACUUUAGUAGGUGAUAGUUCUCUUGUAGGUGUGCAAGAACUCUCAGUAUUAGAAAUUGUGGAGGCAUCUCUUCAAUGAAAAUCAAGGUGUGUGUGCUGUUGUUGUGGCUUCUAAGUAUUUCAGAUCAUGAGUACACGGGUUGUAUAUUAUUAUGAGACAAUUUAUUUAUGCUCUAUGUGUGUUGACGGACAGAUUGAUAUUUCUUUUUAUUUCAAGGAAUAAUUUCUUUGAACUCAUAAUGAAAUAACUGAUAAUUAUAUAUAAAAUAUAUUGUUAUUUAUUUUUGUUAUGACAUUAAAUGUUGACUUGAAUCAAUCAAAAUGUG